GUUCCUUAGGCGCCUCAUCCCCUAACUAUGAGUUAAGUGUAGUUGUAGUUGUGCUGGCUGCUCUUUAACUCCUUCGCGUGCCCCUCUUUGCUUCCCUCGUCCUCGCAACAACCGUGCUCUGCUCGGCCUGCUCACCACGGCUGCAGACCACCACCACCAGCAGCAUUAUUAUUAUUGUUGUUGUUGUUGUUGUUUGUGCCUGUAAUAAGUAAUUAAUUCCUCUUAAAUUUACUCUUCCAUAUAGUUAUUGCUCCCGAGGAACCUUUCUCACUCCCCCCCGGCCCGCUGAUAUUCUCCCCCCUCCACCAUCGUGCCGGCUUAUUGCAGCCUGAUACGAGGACGACCGACAACGACGACUUACGACCGGCUUAUCCCUAUCGCCCACUCUCAUUAUCUGCAUUGACAGCUAUAUUAAAUUCGCGUAGCUAUCCGAAUGUCCUCGAAAGGAAGUAGGUAGUGUGGCCAGAUCCAGGUCCGCACCCUACAUGUACUACUGUACAGCCGUUUCACCUCCUCCACCACCACACAGCUACGACGGAUACCGGAUUUUUCGAAUACUGGAUGAGCAUUUAUAUGUGCUGAUGAGCAUGCUCUGUACAUUCUCUAGUUGUGCAGGAAGGCUACCGUCGAGCCUGGGAAUUUCCAGUCAUUUCGAGCUCUCGACAGCCGAAUAAAUAAUCGUCCUCGAGCCCCUUUUCUAUCGUUUCUCCAUAGAGCCGUCGGGGGUCUACAUGAGGUUCGCAAAGGUCGUAGGACAAUGUCGAGCACCAUCGGGGCUGAAUCCUCCAACCACUUCGUAGAUCCAGCUUUCAUUGAGCGCCACACGCUUUGUCUUCCGAGCCUAUCUUCGAGCGGAGAACCGGAAUUUAUUGAUGGCAUGAUGAGACAUUAUGAGGUUGGACAGAGCAAUGCAAUUGAGCGUCUUCUAAGAUUGAAAGAAGAAUUAAGAGAUGCGGAGACUGAAACGUUUUGGAAACGUUUGCUCGAGGGGGUCGCAGCCAUCUGCAAUGCCCAAUGCUCGUUUGUAGCCACCUCAAAUCCAGAGCCCGCCCAAUACCUCAAAAAUGGCUAUGAUACUGUGAUGUCAACCGCUGAAACCCACGAGUAUUCUCCUUUCAUAGGUGUCGCUCUGUACUAUAACGACGGCAACUCGAUCUCAGCGAUGCACAGAAACUACAAGCAUUUCUCUCGGGAUAUACCCUGUGCCUUCAUGAAACACGGCAAGGUUUUUCUCAUCCCGGAGAAUUUGGCUUCGUACAUGAGCAGUGGCACGAAUACGCUCCCAUUCCCAAUGGAUGCCUACUUGACUGUUCCCCUUUCCUCCGAUGGAAAGUGUUUUUCUCAUUUUGGGCUGAUGUGGACUGCUGAAGGUUUAGUGAAGCGCGAUGUCUCCUGGGCAUAUCUUGAAAUGAUUCUCCACUCUUUGGAGGACUUCGUACAGCACCGCAUCUUGAACGAGCAAGACCACAAGAAGCCAAUGCUCGUCCAGAAAAGAGACGAACAGCAACGAAGAGGCAGAGCUAGAACAAGCAGACCCACCGCCUACCAUCAUUCUGCUUCUACAAGCUCGCACUCGUUUAAACCAUAUGCACGGAGCUUAUCCCACGAGUUGAGAACACCCAUGCAGGGAGUGGUUGGGAUGCUGGAUGUCAUGCACGCCAACGUGCAAGAAGCAAUGGACAAGCGGCUCGAUGCAGCAGGGAUAAUCCCGAUGUUUCAGGAGCUCAAAGAUAACAUUGAGGCAAUCCAAGACAGCGUUCGAAGAGCAGUUGAGGCAGCUGAUAAUGUGGUGCAUGCUUAUGAUCUAAAUAUGCAAAUACCUGAAACUCCCCAAAAUCCUGCUAGGGAGCAGAGUGCUGGGGCUUCUUUGCGAUCGUAUAGUGGAGAUUACGAUUCUCGCCCCAAUAUUCUUAUCGAAGGGAACAACAUUGCCGUAAAUCCAUACAAACGGAGACGGAGUAGUCCAGUUGAUUGGAAUUAUAGCCCUCCCUCAGGAUCUAAAUCUCCAAGAUUACAUCGACGAGAACUCUCGCCCCGAAGCGCAGAUGUUAAGACGGUAGUUGAAGAGAGUGAGAAGAUCGUUCAAGCCGGCCCGCGAGUCGAGGAGGACCGUGAAGUCCAAGAGGCUCUAAUCAACGCUCGACGCUCCUCACUAACCGAACAGUUUUCGUGUUCUAACAUAUACGUUAAACCCAAAAUUUUCCCUCCCAUGACGCUACAAUCCACGAAAAUCCGCGAGAUACUGCAACCGCUUAUCAACGAAUCGCUCCAUGUGGGAGGCCGGCCAGAUUCUGCAUUUGUUGAACCGAACAUGUUCGGCCAAAAAGUUGAGAUCAGGUCAAGAUCUUCAAGUGGGCGGGCUUCAACAAAAAUUAUUGACUGGUCUGUCGAUCCGUCAGUGCCGGACAUACUCUACGUCGACGAAAGGGACUUUACCAAGCUGGUGUCCUGCGUCUUUAUUAAUGCUCUAAAGUUUACAGAAUCCGGAACUAUUACACUUGUUACGAAGUUGAGUGGUUCGGGCAAGUGUGUUCUAAUUAAUAUCAGCGACACUGGGACUGGGAUUCCGGAAGACUUUCUUCCAAACCUUUUUCAACCUUUCGCUCGAGAAGACGACUCUACGACGAGGAGCAAGGAGGGAUUAGGUCUCGGGCUCUUGGUCGCUAAGGGACUGUCUAGGAAGCUUGGCGGUGAUUUAAGGUGUCUUCGUUCAUCCACGAGGGAGCCAGAUCGUGGAUCCGAAUUCGAAAUCCGGCUACCCAUAAGCCCUAAUGACAGUGUCAGUCCGCCAACCACGCCGCAACAUGCAUAUGCUCCUUCCCAAUCGAAUUCGAACCCGUCUUCGCAUUUUGAUACUCCAACCGAUGAGUCGAAAACGGUGAGAAAUAGUUCGGAAACUCCCCCUUCGGAAUCAUCUUCGAAUCGCCGGGUCCCGACACGAGCAAGCUCAAGUUUCACAAACGGCGGUUGGCUGGGACCGUCGCGCCGCCUAUCAGCUUCAUCUCGUGGUGGUUCCGCCCUUCUCUCUUCCAACAGCUAUGACCGCCAACUCGCAGACAAACACCCUCUCACGUUUCUAGUGGCAGAGGAUAACAAAAUCAAUAGACGAAUCCUCGUUAGCAUGCUUGCCAAACUGGGAUACAAUGAUGUAUAUGAGGCCUUCAACGGCAAAGAAGCAGUUCGUAUCAUGAGCGAAAUCAUCCUGAACGACAUGUCUCCAGACCUGGAACCGGCACCGCAGAGUCCUUCCGGACGAAGUGUCUCCGAAAUGAGCACGGACACCGUAACUUCGCUCAUAGAAGACUGCGAAAUGUCAACAUUUAGCGAACCACCUAUCAAACCGGCGCCAACAAAAUCAAAGUUCGUCGACGUCAUCCUCAUGGAUCUCUGGAUGCCCGAUAUGGACGGGUAUCAAGCCACGGAGAAAAUAUUGGAUAUGGUUGGGAACCAUCGUGAUAGACUGAGGAACGAGAACGUACCGGACGUGCUAUUACCACCCAGUCCUACCGUCUUAGCAGUCAGUGCGGACGUCACCGAUGAGGCGUUAGGUCGUGCUACCAAGGUGGGCAUGGAAGGCUAUAUGACAAAACCGUACAAGUUGACCGAUUUGGAACGGCUUAUCGUGGAAUUUUGCGGCAACCAUGAAUCAUGGGAGAUGUGAGAGAAAACGGAAAGGGAGGCGCAGGGUGAUUUCGCCUCAUCUAUUCUCACCCCAGCUUCUCCCAUCUCAAUUUCUUUUUUCUGUGUUCCUGACAUAACCCCCAAGGGGCGGGGAUCGGUAGGGCAGUGAACCGCGCGAUCGAAACAACUCCAUUUCUUCUCCUUUUCCUUUUUUUUCUUAAAUAUCUUAUAGGGAGGGGAGGUCGGCCAUUUCAAGAUUUCUUUCUUUCUUUUUUCUGGGGGGGGGAUACCCAGGAUUCAGUUGUGAUUAAAAUGCGAAAAUGGGGUGUUAAAUCAGGAUGAAGCAGUUAGAAGAAGAAAACAAUCACAGGGGUACGCAGGAACACAGUUUGAUGUGCUAAGCAACUUGCAUAUUUGUCCGUCUCGCCUUAACAGGUUUUAUCGGGACGUCUCCUUGUAUCGGAGUGGGCCCCCUUGAUUUAUUUUUAUUUUUAUUUUUAUUUUUAUUUUUUGUCCCUUCCCCGUUUCCCGAAUCCAGGAUUGCGAUGACGGCAGACCCCACUCCACUACGCUCUCUCAC